GCGCGCUGGAGCGACUGCGUAUUCCAUAUUCGAAUUUUAAUUUCUUUUUAAAUUCAAAUCGUGAGUGAUAUUGGCCACCGAUAAAAAUGGCGGCAAAAUGGUGUUUAUUCUUUUCAAUUGUGGCUAUGGCAUCAGUUUUGGAUGGACAGACCUUGGAUAGUGGACCUCCGCACAACAAGGUGGUAGUAUGCUACGUGGCGACAUGGGCGGCGUAUCGCAAGGACGACGGCAAGUUCGAGCUGUCCAACCUCGACCCUUCGCUCUGCACACAUCUCGUGUACUCGUUCGCUGGGUUGGAUGAGGCGACGAAUAAUAUUAAGAGCUUGGAUCCAUGGCAAGAUCUUGAAAAGGACUACGGCAAAGCGGGCUACAAGAAUAUGGUAGAGCUGAAAGAGAGAUACCCUCACCUCAAGGUCACAGUCGCUAUCGGCGGCUGGAACGAGGGUUCCACCAAGUAUUCCAAGAUGGCCGCCGACGCAGAGUCCAGAGCCAAAUUCGUGCAGAGUGCUUUAAUGUUUUUGGACGAACACAAAUUUGAUGGAUUGGAUUUGGACUGGGAAUAUCCCACUAAGAGAGGAGGAAGUCCCGAAGACAAAGCCAACUAUGUUACUUUGGUCAAGAUGCUGAAAGAGGCAUUUGAAAGUCGCGGCUACAUACUGACCGCGGCCUUGGGUGCUGGCAAGGAGACCAUGGAGUCAGCGUAUAACCUGGCCAAGCUGAGUCGCUACCUGGACUUCAUACACAUGAUGUGUUACGACUACCACGGCACCUGGGAUAGAGUGGUGGGGGCCAAUGCACCCCUGCGCGGAUAUAAUAAUGAGGAUGUGCUUAGCUUGGAAUACACAAUCAAAUACAUGCUUGCUCACGGUGUAAGUCCCUACAAGAUGGUGCUUGGUCUGCCGUUGUAUGGACGCACCUUCGUGCUAGAAGAUCCGGACACGAAGGAAGUUGAGUUCGGAGUUACCAAAGCUAAGGCAUCUGGAUUCGCCGGACCUUUGACAAAGGAAAAUGGCUUCAUGGGUUACAAUGAGAUCUGCGUAGAGCUGAACAAUCAGAAUUCGACAUGGAGCUACAACUGGCACGAGCAGUCAGCUACCCCCUACCUUCGGGAUGGAGAUAAAGUCAUCACUUACGACAACGCUCGCUCUAUUGCUAUUAAAGUGCAGAUGGCGAUGGACUACAAUCUCGGCGGCCUGAUGGUGUGGAGUAUCGACACCGACGACUUCCGCGGGCGGUGCGCGCCGGAGAAGGACGCGUACGUGGACUUCAUGGAGCGAUACCAUAAGCUGGCUCACGAGCCCGUCAUGGCUGAGGCACUGAAGGUGUUGAAACUCCCUGAUGCCAAACGCGUAGAAAACCUUAGCAGGCGAACAGCCUACGUGGUCUCUGAUGGCCAGCUCUACCUUCGGCUGCCAGAGCCGGAAUACUCCAACUAUAACCUGAUGAGGACCCUCAACGAAGCCACCACCAUUGCUCUAGAAGAGAAGAAGAUCCUCACUGUCAUAGACAAGUUGGAACAGGAGAAUGAGAUAGAGCAUAAGGAUGUUACUAAAGGAUCUUCAGCUAUCAGCAUUGGUUACUUCCUUAUGGCAUUCUCCAUUUUGCUUUCUUUUAGGUUCUAGAUUAGGCUAGAAUAGGCUUAGAUAUAGCUUGGAAGGUUAGCUGGAUAUUUAAAAAAUGUAGGAGUUGCUAGAUGAAUUUAUUGCUGAAAACGUUUGUCUUUGGUUAGUAGUUAAUUGAGGUUCCAAUUGUCAACGAUUAAAAUUCUUAUUUUAUUACACUGCCAUCAUUAACACUUACUAAUUUUUAAGAUUAAGGGCCUGUUUCACCACUUUCUGACAAA